AUGUCUUCCAGAGACAUUUACGACAAGGCAACAGUCUACAAUCCUGUAGACACUCGCACCAAACCUCCUCAAAAUAAAAAUACUUCCAAUAAGCUUUCUUCCUCUCACUCCAAGAUUCCUUUCUCCAAUCGACCAUCUUCUUCCGCUGCUCCAAAAGCAUACACUACACUCGAAAGAGACAACAAAUCGGCAACCAAAGGUUUGUCUCAACAGCACAUUUUACUUCAAAGAGAUGGACAGACUUCUUCUUCCCGUGGACACACUUCAGAUUCCCAUGAUCGUACUCAGCUCAACAGAGACCAACAAUCAUCAUCGAGCUCAAGACAGCCAAGCAUGAUGCGCGCAGCAACAACUGCUCCUCCAGAUGCGAAGAGCAAGUUUAAGUCUCAGCAUGAUAUUAAUAUGGCCUCGCAACAAGUCAGAUAUCAAGAGAUGAGUUACGAACAGAAGAAAAAACAGGACGAGUGGGUUCGUGAGUUUAUUGUUUAUGCUGGACCAUGCCCAGCUGGAUUCAGCUGGGAGCGAGUCAAGCAUGGAUAUGUCUGUAAUGGCGGAAAUCAUUUGUGCACCGACGACCUUCUGGCUGAAGGUAAAGGCGGUUUUUACAUGGGAACUCUCGAGGCUGGUUGGUGGGGCCCGCUCUAUGACUCAAGCUCUCACGUACGAUUAGAGUACGCAGAGGCUCUAGUCCAUGAGCAUGCCAAGAAACAUGGAUUAGAUCCAACAGUUGCUCCCGUAAUCCCACCACCUGUUAUACCAGCAACUCAUGAGGUUCACCCGGGAAUUGUAAAAGCAAUGGCGGGUCUGGGACCCAUGCCACAAGCUUGCCCAAUCGAAUAUGUCCUUGAGAAAUUCAAGCGAGUAGGUGAAUUUGAGAGAGCUAUGGGACUUGGAAAUAUCGCUAGGUCCUCUCAUCAUAUUCCUGGAGCAUCAAGUCACCAUACGUCAAGUGGCCAUCACUCAUCCAGUGGAAAUCCCUCAACCUAUGGAUAUCUCUCAUCAGGAGUAACACCUCAGCUCAGCACCCUCUAUGGACUAGGAGGUCUACCAAAUAGGCUUGCAAUGAGCACGAGCAAUGGCUCUUUAUCCCAAGGAGGUCAACUCCCACUCGGAUACCUACCUGCUGCUUAUCGCAAUGAUCCAUAUGGACAGGGUCCAUUGGGACGCCGCAGACAUUAA